UUGACAGAUAUCCCAACAGCAAUGUCUUCUCCCAGUUCGACUCCCGGUGGCCGCAAACGUGGAAGGAACACCAACCCUCCCACACGUGGGUCGAGGAGUGAGGACCCCACCUCUCCUCCGUCUCAGCGGCGCAGGGGGCUGGACUCCUCCACGGGGGAGCUGAUGCCCAUGCCGACCUCUCCGGCCACGGACAUGCUCAGCCCUGCUGCCCCGCAGGACACCUCUCUGUUCUCCAGCCCGCGGCCCUCAGUGCCGCCGAACGAAGUGGACAUGAGUUCUCCGCUCAUGUACGGGACCCCCAGCUCCAGGGUUGAAGGGACCCCGCGCAGCGGCGUGCGCGGGACGCCGGCCAGACAGCGCCCCGAUCUGGGCUCGGUCAGGAAGGCUCCCCAGGUGGACCUCCACUCUGAGCCGCCCAGCACGGACGGCGCCGUGGCCAGCGAGCCCAACGCCGGCCAGAGACUGGUCAUCUGGGGGACUGACGUCAAUGUGGGGACCUGCAAGGAGAAGUUCCAGAGGUUCCUGCAGAGGUUUAUAGAUCCCACAUCCACGGAGGACGAGAACGCCGGGUUGGACCUGAACGAGCCUUUGUACAUGCAGAAGCUGGAAGAGAUCAGCGUUGUCGGGGACCCUGUGCUGAACGUGAACUGUCGCCAUGUGCAGGCCUUUGACAUGGAGCUGUACAGGCAGCUCAUCUGCUACCCACAGGAAGUCAUCCCAACCUUUGACAUGGCCGUCAAUGAGCUUUUCUUUGAGCGUUUCCCAGACUCCAUCCUCGAGUACCAGAUCCAAGUCCGCCCCUACAAUGCCCUGAAAACCAGAAACAUGAGGAGUCUGAACCCAGAAGACAUCGAUCAGCUGAUCACCAUCAGCGGCAUGGUGAUCCGCACCUCGCAGCUCAUCCCCGAGAUGCAGGAGGCCUUCUUCCAGUGCCAGGUGUGCGCCUUCAGCGCCCGUGUGGAGGUGGACCGCGGGCGCAUCGCCGAGCCGGCCGUGUGUCGCCACUGCAACACCACCCACAGCCUGGCGCUGGUGCACAACCGCUCGGUCUUCUCAGACAAGCAGAUGAUCAAACUCCAGGAGUCCCCCGAGGACAUGCCGGCCGGCCAGACGCCUCACACCACCAUCGUGUACGCGCACAACGAUCUGGUGGACAAGGUGCAGCCCGGGGACAGGGUCAACGUCACCGGCAUCUACAGGGCGGUGCCCAUGCGCGUCAACCCGCGGCAGAGCAACGUGAGGUCGGUCUACAAGACGCACAUAGACGCCAUCCACUUCCGCAAGACGGACGAGAAGCGCCUGCACGGCAUGGACGAGGACGCCGAGCAGAAGCUCUUCACCGAGGAGCGCGUGCAGACGCUGAAGGAGCUGGCCGCCAAGCCCGACGUCUACGAGCGGCUCUCCUCCGCCCUGGCGCCCAGCAUCUACGAGCACGAGGACAUCAAGAAGGACUUCAGCCAGACGGGCCGGGGCCACUUCCGCGCCGAGGUCAACAUCCUGCUGUGCGGGGACCCCGGCACCAGCAAGUCCCAGCUGCUGCAGUACGUCUUCCACCUGGUGCCGCGCGGCCAGUACACCUCGGGCAAGGGCUCCAGCGCCGUGGGCCUCACCGCCUACGUGAUGAAGGACCCGGAGAGCCGGCAGCUGGUGCUGCAGACGGGCGCGCUGGUGCUCAGCGACAACGGCAUCUGCUGCAUCGACGAGUUCGACAAGAUGAGCGACAGCACGCGCUCGGUGCUGCACGAGGUCAUGGAGCAGCAGACCCUCUCCAUCGCCAAGGCCGGGAUCAUUUGCCAGCUGAACGCCCGCACCGCCGUGCUGGCCGCCGCCAACCCCGUGGAGUCCCAGUGGAACCCCAAAAAGACCACCAUCGAAAACAUCCAGCUGCCUCACACUCUGCUGUCCAGGUUCGACCUGAUCUUCCUGAUGCUGGACCCGCAGGACGAGGCCUAUGACCGCAGGCUGGCCCACCACCUGGUGUCCCUCUACUACCAGAGCGAGGAGCAGAUGGAGGAGGAGUUCCUGGACAUGGCCGUGCUGAAGGACUACAUCGCCUACGCCCGGACCUACAUCAACCCGCGGCUGAGCGAGGAGGCCAGCCAGGCCCUCAUCGAGGUCUGCGCCCCGUCGGAGAAGCGGGGGUCGGCGUUGUCCCCCCGCUCUGCGUACGUGGACAUGAGGAAGAUCGGCAGCGGCCACGGGAUGGUGUCCGCCUACCCGAGGCAGCUGGAGUCGCUCAUCCGCCUGGCCGAGGCGCACGCCAAGGUGCGCUUCUCGGAGAGGGUGGAGACCAUCGACGUGGAGGAGGCCAAGCGUCUGCACAGAGAGGCCCUCAAACAGUCGGCCACCGACCCCAGGACAGGAUUCGUUGACAUCUCUAUUCUGACCACAGGUAUGAGUGCCACGGCCCGGAAACGCAAGGAGGAAGUGGCCCAGGCACUGAAGAAGCUGAUCCAGGCCAAAGGAAAGACGCCAGCCAUGAAAUACCAGCAGCUGCUGGAUGACCUCAGAGGACAGUCUGAAACUGCAAUCACCAAGGAGCUGUUUGAUGAGGCGCUGCGAGCGCUGGCUGAUGAGGACUACUUGACAGUUACUGGAAAAACUGUCCGUCUGCUUGCUUGA